GUGGUUGCGUCCGUGACAUCAUCAUCAUGGCAACAAGAGCUGCAGCCUGGGACCGAGGAGCCCGUGUGAUUCCCGGCGGCGGCGGCCGUGGCGGCAGCAGCAGCGGCACCACCCGACCCGACGAACGCGCGAGGGCUUCUCUCCCGCUGCCUCUCGCCGGGAGCGUCUGAGGAGGCGGCGGCAGCACACAGCCUCCGCAGCCUCCGCGCGCCGCCGCCGCCGCCGCUCGUCCCGGCGUCCGUGCGAGGGGCGGGGGGGAAAAGCCGAACCGAGGAGGAAGGGGAGGAGGCGCCUCUGCGGAGCCCGCCGCCGCCGCUGCUGCCAGGUCGCUGAGUGGAGGGGAGGCGGUGGCGGUGGCGGCGGCGGCGAACAUGUUUUCUGUGCGGAUAGUGACUGCCGACUACUACAUGGCCAGCCCGCUGCCGGGGCUGGAUAUCUGCCAAUCCCCGCUCACCCAGCUCCCUGUCAAGAAGGUGCCGGUGGUACGAGUCUUCGGGGCGACCCCGGCAGGUCAGAAGACUUGUCUUCAUCUACAUGGCGUCUUUCCUUACCUCUAUGUGCCAUAUGAUGGCUAUGGACAGCAGCCAGAAAGCUAUCUGUCUCAGAUGGCAUUCAGUAUCGACAGAGCACUUAAUGUGGCUUUAGGCAAUCCAUCUUCCACUGCUCAGCAUGUGUUCAAAGUGUCAUUAGUAUCAGGAAUGCCUUUUUAUGGUUAUCAUGAGAAGGAAAGACACUUUAUGAAGAUCUAUCUUUACAAUCCUGCAAUGGUGAAAAGGAUAUGUGAACUUUUGCAAAGCGGAGCCAUAAUGAAUAAAUGUUACCAGCCUCAUGAAGCGCAUAUUCCCUACCUCCUACAGCUCUUCAUUGACUACAAUCUUUAUGGAAUGAAUUUAAUAAACCUGGCUGCUGUCAAGUUCCGAAAAGCAAGAAGGAAAGGUGAUGCAUCACAUGCAGCUGGAUUAUUCAAGCAUCAGUUGUCAGGAAAUUCUCCUGCUGGCACUUUAUUUAGGUGGGAAGAGGAUGAAAUACCAAGUUCUUUAUUGUUGGAAGGUGUUGAACCCCUGAGUACAUGUGAAUUAGAAGUGGAUGCCGUAGCUGCUGACAUCUUAAAUAGGCUGGACAUUGAGGCUCAGAUUGGUGGAAACCCUGGGCUGCAGGCCAUAUGGGAAGAUGAAAAACAGCGGAGAAGAAACAGGAACGAAAGCUCUCAAAUCAGCCAGCCCGAGUCACAAGAUUGCAGAUUUGUACCAGCAACAGAAAGUGAAAAAAAAUUUCAGAAGAGACUUCAAGAAGUUCUCAAGCAGGAUGAUUUCUCAGUCAGAACAUUAUCAGGAUCUGUGGACUACAGCAAUGGAUCCCAAGAGUUCUCUGCUGAGUUAACAUUACACUCGGAGAUUCUUUCUCCUGAAAUGCUCCCGUGUUCACCAGCUAAUAUGAUAGAAGUCCACAAAGACACAGAUUUGAGCAAAGGUAAUACUAAACAUCAAGUAGAAGAAGCGCUUAUUAAUGAAGAAGCAAUUUUGAACCUCAUAGAAAAUAGCCAGACUUUUCAGCCUUUGACUCAAAGGCUGAGUGAGACACCAGUUUUCAUGGGCAGUAGUCCUGAUGAGUCGCUGGUCCAUCUUCUUGCUGGUUUGGAAAGUGAUGGAUAUCAAGGAGAAAAGAAUAGGAUGCCAUUACCAUGUCACUCCUUUGGAGAAUCUCAAAACCCCCAAAAUAGUGACGAUGAAGAGAACGAGCCGCAGAUUGAGAAGGAGGAGAUGGAGCUUAGUGUGGUGAUGUCCCAGAGAUGGGACAGUGAUACUGAAGAACAUUGUGCCAAAAAGAGGUCACUGUGCAGAAAUGCCCACAGAAGUUCUACUGAAGAAGAUGACUCGUCCUCAGAAGAGGAAAUGGAGUGGACCGAUCAUAGUUUGCUUUUUGCCAAUCUCUCUAUACCUCAGUUAGAUGGAACUGCAGAUGAAAAUAGUGACAAUCCAUUAAACAAUGAAAAUUCUAGAACCCACUCUUCUGUGAUUGCAACAAGCAAGCUAUCAGUAAGGCCCUCCAUCUUUCACAAGGAUGCUGCUACAUUAGAACCUCCGUCUUCUGCUAAGAUCACCUUUCAGUGCAAACACACAAGUGCCCUUUCUUCCCAUGUUUUAAACAAAGAUGAUUUAACUGAAGACCUUUCACAACCAAACAGUACAGAAAAAGGUCGAGAUAAUUCAGUCACUUUUACAAAGGAAAGUCCUUACUCCAUGAAGUCCUCUGGCUCUUUAAGUAGUACUGUUCAUUCAGAUAGUUCUCACAAAGAGAUCUGUAAGAAAGACAAGUCUUUGCCGGUGUCUUCCUGUGAAAGUAGUGGUUUUGAUUAUGAAGAAGAUAUUCCAUCUGUUACAAGACAGGUACCAAGUAGAAAGUACUCCAACAUGAGAAAGAUUGAAAAGGAUGCCUCUUGCCUACAUGUGAACCGUCACACUAGUGAGACUAUAUUGGGGAAAAACUCUUUCAACUUUGCUGACUUAAAUCAUUCAAAACGUAAAUUAUCCUCUGAAGGAAACGAAAAGGGAAACAACACAUCUCUCAGUAGUGUAUUUCCCUCUUCGCUAACGGAAAGCUGUGACUUGCUGCCGUCUUCGGGGGAGAACAAAAGUAUGGCCCAUUCUCUUGAGAGCAUCACUGAUGAGAGUGGACUAAACAAACUUAAAAUCAGAUACGAAGAAUUCCAAGAGCAUAAGAUGGAAAAGCCAAGUCUCAGCCAGCAAGCAGCACAUUAUAUGUUUUUCCCCAGUGUUGUUCUUUCUAAUUGUCUCACUAGGCCACAGAAACUUUCUCCUGUCACAUACAAAUUACAUUCUGGCAAUAAACCUUCCAGGUUAAAAUUGAAUAAAAAGAAGUUAAUAGGUCUUCAGGAAACUUCUACCAAAAGCAGUGAAGCUGGAGCCACAAAAGACAGCUGCACGCAUAACGAUCUGUGCACUGGUGCUUCCGAGAAGGAGAAUGGAUUGAGUGGUGACUCAGUUAAAGCUACUCAUGGGACCUUUGAAAAUAAACCACCUACAGAACAGUUUAUAGACUGUCACUUUGGAGAUGGGUCGUUAGAAGCUGAGCAGUCUUUUGGACUAUAUGGAAAUAAAUAUACUCUGAGAGCCAAACGCAAGGUGAAUUAUGAAACAGAAGAUAGUGAGUCAAGUUUUGUAACACAGAACUCAAAAAUUAGCCUACCUCAUCCCAUGGAAAUUGGUGAAAAUUUAGAUGGAACUCUCAAAUCCCGAAAACGAAGAAAAAUGUCUAAAAAGUUGCCCCCUGUCAUUAUAAAGUAUAUUAUUAUUAAUAGAUUUAGAGGGAGAAAAAAUAUGCUUGUGAAACUAGGUAAAAUAGAUUCUAAAGAAAAACAAGUAAUAUUAACUGAGGAAAAAAUGGAACUUUAUAAAAAGCUUGCACCUUUGAAGGAUUUCUGGCCAAAAGUUCCUGACUCCCCUGCAACCAAAUAUCCCAUUUAUCCACUAACACCAAAGAAGAGUCACAGAAGGAAGGCAAAACAUAAAUCUGCUAAGAAAAAACCUGGUAAGCAGCACAGAGCAAACAGUGAAAAUGUUAAAAGAACUUUAUCUUUCCGAAAGAAGCGGACACAUGCUGUCCUUGCUCCUCCCUCCCCAUCAUACAUUGCUGAAACCGAAGACUGUGACUUGAGUUAUAGUGAUGUUAUGUCAAAGCUAGGCUUUCUUUCUGAGAGAAGCACAAGCCCUAUCAAUUCCUCUCCACCACGCUGCUGGUCUCCCACAGACCCGAGAGCUGAAGAAAUUAUGGCUGCUGCAGAAAAGGAAUCGAUGCUUUUUAAGGGUCCUAAUGUAUAUAACACUAAGACUGUUAGUCCUCGGGUAGGAAAAGCUAGUCGAGCAAGAGCACAGGUUAAGAAGUCAAAAGCAAGACUUGCUAACUCCUCUGUAGUUACUAACAAAAGAAACAAACGGAAUCAGACAACUAAACUAGUGGAUGAUGGAAAGAAGAAACCAAGAGCAAAGCAGAAACAGAGAGCCAAUGAGAAAAGUCUGUCAAGGAAGCAUGCAAUACCUGCGGACGAAAAGAUGAAACUGCACUCUGAGGCUGAGCUCACACCGAACCACCAGAGUGUGUCUGAGCUCACAAGUAGUUCUGGCACUCAAGCACUUUCUAAACAGAAAGAGAUGUCACAGACAGGCCCUGCCGUGGAUCACCCUCUUCCUCCUGCCCAACCCACUGGAAUUAGUGCACAACAGCGGCUGUCUAACUGCUUUUCCUCAUUCUUAGAAAGCAAGAAGUCUGUAGAUUUGCGAACAUUCCCCAGUUCGAGAGAUGAUUCACAUUCUUCUGUUGUUUAUAGUUCUAUAGGACCUGGAAUCUCAAAAAUUAAUAUUCAGAGAUCUCAUAAUCAAAGUGCUAUGUUUACUCGAAAGGAAACAACCUUGAUUCAAAAAAGCAUAUUUGACCUUUCUAACCAUUUGUCUCAGGUAGCACAGAGUACACAGGUAUGUUCAGGUAUAAUAUCUCCAAAGACAGAGGAGAGCUCAAAUACACAAAAAAACUGUGGGUCAUCUAUGGGAAAGUUAAAUGAGUAUCGCAGUUCCCUAGAAUCAAAGCCAGAACAAGUCUGUGCCCCUAAUUUUUUGCACUGCAAAGACAGUCAGCAGCAGACUGUGAGUGUGUCAGAACAAUCAAAAACCAGUGAAACUUGUUCUCCAGGGAAUGCAGCUUCUGAGGAGAGCCAGACACCUAAUUGUUUUGUCACUUCUUUGAAAAGUCCCAUCAAACAAAUAGCAUGGGAGCAAAAACAGAGGGGCUUUAUUUUAGAUAUGUCAAAUUUUAAGCCUGAAAAGGUAAAACAAAGGUCAUUGUCAGAAGCAAUUUCACAAACCAAAGCGCUGUCUCAAUGUAAGAAUCAAAAUGUGUCAACACCUUCGGUAUUUGGUGAAGGACAAUCUGGGCUAGCUGUUCUAAAAGAAUUGUUACAAAAAAGACAACAGAAAGCACAAAGUACAAAUGUCGUACAAGACUCAACGUCUACUCAUCAGCCAGAUAAGAAUAUUUCUGUUUCUAAUGAGCAUAAGAAAGCAAAUAAACGAACACGACCAGUGACUUCUCCAAGAAAACCUCGAACUCCUAGAAGAACAAAACCUAAGGAACAAACCCCGAGACGUCUAAAAGUAGACCCUCUAAAUCUGCAGACCUCUGGCCACUUGGAUAAUUCCCUAUCAGAUGACAGUCCCAUCCUUUUCUCAGAUCCAGGUUUUGAAAGUUGUUAUUCACUUGAAGAUAGCCUGUCUCCUGAACAUAAUUAUAAUUUUGAUAUUAACACAAUUGGUCAGACUGGAUUUUGUAGCUUUUACUCUGGUAGUCAGUUUGUUCCAGCUGAUCAGAAUUUGCCGCAGAAGUUUCUAAGCGAUGCUGUUCAGGAUCUUUUUCCAGGACAAGCUCUAGACAAGAGUGAGCUUCUAAGUCACGACAGACAGAGUUGUAGUGAGGAAAAGCACCAUGUCUCCGACUCCAGCCCGUGGAUCAGAGCCGGUACUUUAAACCCCGAACUUUUUGAGAAAGUAGCUAUGGAUAACAAUGAGAAUCAUCGGCACAGCCAGUGGAAAAAUAGCUUUCAUCCUCUGACGUCUCAUUCUAACUCAAUAAUGGAAUCUUUCUGUGUCCAGCAAGCAGAGAACUGUCUAACAGAAAAAUCAAGACUGAAUAGGAGUUCAGUGAGUAAAGAAGUCUUUCUCAGUCUCCCACAGGCAAGCAGUUCAGACUGGAUUCAAGGUCAUAACGGAAAAGAAGCGGACCAGUCUCUCGACUCUGCUAACACCUCUUUUACUACCAUACUUUCCUCCCCUGAUGGGGAACUUGUGGAUGCAGCUUCGGAAGAUUUAGAAUUGUAUGUCUCAAGGAACAAUGAUGUGUUGACACCAACUCCUGAUAGUUCACCAAGGUCUACCAGUUCUCCCUUACAGUCUAAAAAUGGCAGUUUUACUCCUCGAACUGCUCAUAUUCUGAAACCACUUAUGUCCCCACCAAGUAGGGAAGAAAUUGUGGCAACGUUGCUAGAUCAUGAUCUUUCAGAAGCUAUAUAUCAGGAACCAUUUUGCAGUAAUCCUUCGGAUGUGCCAGAAAAGCCCAGGGAGAUUGGUGGCCGGCUCCUAAUGGUGGAAACUCGACUUCCAAACGACCUGAUUGAAUUUGAAGGAGACUUUUCCUUGGAAGGACUUCGCCUGUGGAAAACAGCGUUCUCAGCAAUGACUCAGAAUCCCAGACCAGGGUCCCCACUUCGUAAUGGCCAAGCAGUUGUCAAUAAAGAGUCAAGUAAUAGCCAUAAGAUGGUAGAAGAUAAAAAAAUUGUAAUUAUGCCUUGCAAGUAUGCUCCAAGUCGGCAACUGGUUCAAGCAUGGCUUCAAGCCAAAGAAGAAUAUGAACGUUCAAAGAAACUCCCUAAAACCGACUUAACUCCAGUGACAAAAUCUGCUGAAAAUGUCAGCCCUUCACUUAAUCCAGGUGACACAUGUGCAGUCUCUCCACUAGUGGAUAAAUGCCCAUAUACACUUUCUUCUACUGCACAUACCAAGGAAGAAGUUAGUAAGUCUCAAAUUGCUUUGCAAACAUCAACGACAGGAUGCAGUCAGACAGUAAGUGGCAGUCAGACACUGCUAGCAGCUGCCUCUGCAGCUGUCCCUGAGGAAGAGGAGGAUGAUAAUGAUAACUGUUAUGUUAGUUACAGCUCCCCCGAUUCCCCAGGUAUUCCACCUUGGCAGCAGGCAGCAUCCCCAGACUUCAGAUCAUUAAACGGGGAUGACAGACAUUCAUCACCAGGAGAGGAGCUUUGCUCCCUAGCUGUUGAGAACUUCUUAAAGCCAAUAAAAGAUGGUAUCCAAAAAAGCUCCUGCUCUGAAUCUCGGGAGCCUCAAGUGAUCUCUCCAAUCCAUGCUAGGGCAAGAACUGGAAAGUGGGAUCCACUUUGCCUUCAUAGUACACCAGUUAUGCAGAGGAAAUUCCUGGAAAAGCUUCCUGAAGCAACUGGCCUUAGCCCUUUAUCUGUAGAACCAAAAACCCAGAAGUUGUAUAAUAAGAAAGGAAGUGAUGCUGAUGGUCUCAGGAGAGUUCUCCUGACAACGCAAGUGGAGAAUCAGUUUGCGGCGGUAAAUACUCCAAAGAAAGAAACUUCUCAGAUUGAUGGACCGUCCUUAAACAAUACCUACGGUUUCAAAGUCAGCAUACAGAACUUACAGGAGGCAAAGGCUUUACACGAGAUACAAAAUCUGACCUUAAUCAGUGUGGAGUUACAUGCUCGAACUAGAAGAGACUUACAACCAGAUCCUGAGUUUGACCCAAUCUGUGCUUUGUUCUACUGCAUUUCAUCUGACACUCCACUCCCAGACACAGAAAAAACAGAACUCACGGGUGUAAUCGUAAUUGAUAAGGACAAGACAGUCACCCAUCAAGAUAUCAGAAGUCAGACCCCGUUGCUUAUCAGAUCUGGAAUUACAGGAUUAGAAGUAACCUACGCAGCUGAUGAGAAGGCUCUCUUUCAGGAGAUUACAAAUAUAAUAAAGAGGUAUGACCCUGACAUUCUGCUAGGCUAUGAGAUUCAGAUGCACUCCUGGGGCUACCUCUUACAGAGGGCAGCUGCUCUGAGCGUGGACUUAUGUCAGAUGAUCUCUCGAGUGCCGGAUGACAAAAUUGAAAACAGAUUUGCAGCAGAAAGAGAUGACUAUGGAUCAGAUACAAUGAGUGAAAUCAAUAUUGUUGGAAGAAUUACCCUGAACCUUUGGAGAAUCAUGAGAAAUGAGGUUGCCCUGACUAACUACACUUUUGAAAAUGUGAGCUUUCAUGUUCUCCAUCAGCGUUUCCCCCUCUUUACCUUCCGAGUCUUGUCGGACUGGUUUGAUAAUAAGACAGAUCUCUACAGAUGGAAAAUGGUCGAUCAUUAUGUCAGCCGGGUCCGUGGAAAUCUCCAGAUGUUAGAACAGCUGGACCUAAUUGGGAAAACCAGUGAAAUGGCCAGACUUUUUGGCAUUCAGUUUUUACAUGUAUUAACAAGAGGUUCACAGGUAGAAAUUUUUCUUGUACACUUUAAAGCUCUACCCAAGUGA